UUCAAUUUCUAUUUCUAUUCAUUCAUUCUCUUUAUUCGUAGCAUUCUCUUCCGCCAACUAUUCCCUAAGAAUCGCGUUCUCAAUAAUUUGGCUUAAAAGGGUUUUGUAUUGCGGUGUUGCGAAUCUCUCUCUAACACAUAUGAUCAUCAACAAUGUCGUUCUCACUCUCAAGGUUAGCUUUACUUCGUUCUAAUAAUAAUAUCACAACUUCCACUUUCCUUCAUUCCUUCUCAUCUAAAUCUCGAUUCACUCACAAUGAUAUUGAUAAUGAUGUUGAUAAUGCUGUUUCUUCAUUCCAUAGCAUGCUUCGUAUGAAUCCAACCCCAUCCAUUGUUGAAUUUUGCAAGAUUUUAACUUCCCUUGUUAAGAUGAAACAUUAUCCCACUGCUAUUUCCCUUUCUAACCAAUUACAAUUCAAUGGAAUUAUGCCUGAUAUUGUUACUUUCAGUAUAUUGAUCAAUUGUUACUGCCACGUCGGUCAUAUGACUUUUGCCUUUUCUCUAUUGGCUAAGAUUCUCAAGUUGGGUUAUCAGCCCAAUGUCAUAACUUUAACGACUCUUAUCAAAGGUUUGUGUUUUAACGGUAAGGUAAAGGAAGCACUGCAUUUUCACGACCAUGUGGUUGCACAUGGAUUUCACCUCAACCAAGUUUGCUACGGGACCUUGAUCAAUGGACUGUGUAAAAAUGGAGAAACAAGGGCUGCCUUGCAAGUUCUAAGACGAAUCGAAGGGAAAUUGGUCAAGCCUGAUGCAGUAAUGUACAACACAAUUAUUGAUAGUUUGUGUAAAGAUAAGCUUUUAAUAGAUGCUAAGGAUUUAUAUUCUGAAAUGAUUGUAAAGGGCAUUUCUCCUGAUGUUAUUACUUACACUUCUCUGAUAUAUGGAUUUUGCAUAGUUGGUCAAUUAAAAGAAGCAAUUGGACUUUUAAAUGAAAUGUUUGUAUUCAGAAAACUCAAUGGAGAUGUUUAUAUCUUUAAUAUAUUGCUCGAUGCUUUAUGCAAGGAAGGAAAUGUCAAAGAAGCUAAAAAUGUGUUAGCUGUUAUGGUGAAACAAGGUAUCAAACCAGAUGUUGUUACUUAUACUUCAUUACUAGAUGGGUAUUGCCUAGUUAAUGAAGUCAACAAGGCCAAAGUUAUAUUCAACACUAUGGUUCAAAGAGGAGUGAUUCCUAAUGUUCGUUGCUAUAAUGUCAUGAUUAAUGGGUUGUGUAAGAUUAAAAUGAUGGAUGAAGCCAUGAACCUCUUAAAAGAAAUGCAAAACAAGAAGCUUAUUCCUGAUGCAGUAACCUACAAUUCUCUUAUUGAUGGUUUGUGCAAAUCAGGGAGAAUCUCUCAUGCUUGGGAGCUUCUUGAUGAGAUGCAAGAUAGGGGUCAACCUGCCAAUGUGAUCACUUACAGUUCUUUAUUACAUGCUUUAUGUAAAAACCAUUAUGUUGAUAAGGCAAUUGCAUUGGUCAAGAAAAUUAAAGACAAAGGCAUUCAACCAGAUAUGCACACAUACAAUAUACUCAUGGAUGGACUUUGCAAGGAAGGGAGAUUUCUGGACGCACAAGUGAUUUUUCAUGAUCUUUUGAUUAAAGGCUAUAAUGUAACAGUCUGGACAUAUAAUAUUAUGAUCAAUGGUCUUUGUAAAGAGGGUUUGUUUGAUGAUGCUGAGUCCCUACUGUUAAAAAUGGAAGACAAUGGCUGUGUUCCUAAUGCUAUAACUUAUGAAAUAAUUAUCCGUGCUCUCUUUGAAAAUGAUGAGAAUGAUAAGGCCUUGAAACUUUUACAUGAAAUGAUUGCCAGUGGUCGUCUAAUGUAAGAGGAGAACCAGUUUGAGUAAAAGUUUCAAUUGGUUCUAAUGCAGGAAUGGAUAUACACGAGCUCAGUAUUUUGAGGAUAUGAUACUUCUCAGUCCUCACUCAGCUUAAGGAUUCUUGGUUAGCAUCAGCCAAGUCUUUUUUUAAUCAACUUGUUGUUUUUCCUGUUCUACUAUUGUUUCAAUUAGUCCAAUUUCCGUUGUAAAUUUAUACUUGUUGAACAUCUGCUGUUCUUUCAAUUUUCCCCAUAUUUUGCUUGUUUAUUCUUCAUUGAAACGACCAAGCUGUGCAAAUCAUAUUCCAUCGUCUCCCAGUCAAAUGUACUAGUUAUCUCACGAGCCAUCAAUGCUAAACAUGAAUGGAUAUACACGAGCUCAGUAUUUUGAGGAUAUGAUACUUCUCAGUCCUCACUCAGCUUAAGGAUUCAAAUUGUAGCAUCAGCCAAGUCUUUUUUUAAUCAACUUGUUGUUUUUCCUGUUCUACUAUUGUUUCAAUUAGUCCAAUUUCCGUUGUAAAUUUAUGCUUGUUGAACAUCUGCUGUUCUUUCAAUUUUCCCCAUAUUUUGCUUGUUUAUUCUUCAUUGAAACGACCAAGCUGUGCAAAUCAUAUUCCAUCGUCUCCCAGUCAAAUGUACUAGUUAUCUCACGAGUCAUCAAUGCUAAACAUGUAAGUACUUGCUUUCAUAUAUUGAUUUGACACUUUAUGUAUUUGUAUCUUUCUCUUUUGGAUGAGCUCUUCCUUUUCUUUUACGUUUUGGGGGAUUUAUAUCAUUACUUUUUUGCCACUUCAGAACAUAAAUAAUAAUUUUGGAAGCUUCGGGGUAUAAAAAGAAUAAACACUAGGUUAACCUUUCGGCUAGCUUUACGUCUUUCAACUAUUUAAUGUAUGUAAAAUAUGUUUUACAAUUAUUUCAAUGUAACACAUUGGAUUCUAUUGUGUUGCAUUCUGUCGUGUUCACAUGAUUGUUGAUGUUUCUACAGCUGCACGGAUUAUUUCUCGUGAAUUCUGUUAUAUUCAGUAACUAAUUGUUUUUCAAUUACAUUAGUUGCUAGUUACUUUAGUGAUGUAACUAAUAACACAACACUAGUUCUCUGUAUCUAAACCUCAGAACAUUAAAUUUAUAAAUUGCAAUUCAAAUUAUACUUGCUUCUCUCAUUUCUAUCUACUCAAUUAAUUUGGCCAUCUCCUUACCGCCACACUCUGAACCAUCACCUUCUGGUGGACAUCAGUACUUAAUCCACCAGCAUGAUCCUAAUGCUGGCUGUGUAGUUAGACCCGCUUCUUCUCUUAGACGGAAACACAUAAGCCGGGUGGCAAAUACGGUUGGCAUGAUGAUAUGUUGAUUGGUGCACAUUUGUCUUUUAAUAGACUUGGUUUAUGUUCGAAAUCACAACAGGAGACUUACGACCGCAUGACAAUUAUGUAAUUAAUAUGAUUUAUUUAUUUUGUUGGUAGUUAUAUUUACAAAAGAAAAGGUGGACUACUCAAUGGCCUCACUAUAACUUUGAUAUUAAUCACAAUACAUGUGUUGCUGUUAUGAUUAUUUCGAUAUUAUAAUGACAUUAAUGGUUGAUUCUUUUUGGCACAGUAAUCCUUUAUCAUUGCAAUGUACUGUCAACCAGUUUCAUGGUUGUUAUCAGAAUGUAUCCAGCUCGAGUAUCAUAAGCAGUGGUGGUGAAGUUAAAGCGUGUUGGUCUGUUGUUAAGCUUCAGAGGUAUCGGUGUGAGUAGGUAGUUUUCUCGUCAUAGUGGCAGACUAUCUAUGCAGGAAAAACGAGAUUACAAAGGUGUUUUCUCAUAGAGGAAAGUUUUGAGUGUUGGUGCUGAAUUUCAUCGAGUGGCAGUAGCAGCAAGGGUAAGUAGAGGCUUUUCGAAGGCAAGAUGUGAAGGUAUUGUGGGAGACAACUUGGAUAGUGGGUUUUGAAACUUAGUAAUUCCACAAGUGUUGGUACAUUGAUAGAUUGGUUGAUGAAUUUUUAGUUUUGAAUUUUGCAAGAGUGCAUUUGGCUCCAGCCUGUUAUGCUGAGAUAGAUUGUUCUCUGUAUUGCAUUUGUAUUACAUCGAUGUCAUUUAAGAUUUACAGUCUUGUCGUUAUAUUAUAGUUAGGAUUUAAUGGAUGUGUGUUGACAGUGUAAUGUGUAAAGAUUUUUCACACUCUUAAUCUAAGCUCGUUACUUUUCUUUAUAAA